GUUUGCCACCACUAGUUCCAUCAAAUCGACACACGAAAAUAAAGAAAAAGUGCUGCAGAAACAAUACAAUCCCCAACACAUUAGCCGUGGGCCACGAUAUCGACUUCAGCCGACGGGCCAUUAGACAAUUAGAUGUAUUCCGAUUUCGAGUUGUAGUGCCACGCCUCCCGCGAGUCCCCCGCCCGCCCCUAAGGUUAGCAUCGCUGUAAACGAUAAACAGCGAUAGCAUCGAAAUAAAAAAGAAAGGCAAUAUCAACAGCAAAUCAGCGAGAUGGCUGGCCAACAACUCGCAGCCCUGAUUCCAAAUCCAAAUCCCAACACCCCGAAGGCCCUAUACGACCUGUCGCUGCAGGCGCUCAUCGGGAGUAUGAACACCAAGAUUCCGACGCUGGACAGGAUCAACCGAUUGGCGGAGCUGCCACGCAACCUGCUCAUCGAUGUCUACGAAAUGAUGUCGCAGCAGGAGUCCUUGAAGGACACGCUGCUGGAGGAGCUGGCCCAGCUGGAGGUGUUCGCUCGACUUGUUCGAUACCCAGCUGCUCGCAGCCAGUUGCUGCACAUAAUGGCCUCACUAAUGGCCAGCAAGAAGAUGCUGGCCAAAAGACUCAGCGAGAACUAUGUAUCGCGCUAUGAGGUAGCCGGUCAGGAGGAAGAGGAGCUGGAACCGGAAUCGGUAGAUUCGCACAAUGAGACGAAUAAGGAUACACUGGAGGAUCGCUCAACGGACCUCAGCAAAAUGUCUAUUUACGACGGAGAGGCGUCAGAAGCAGCCAGCAGCACCAGUGAUUUGUGUUCCGAAUUCAGUGGUGAUAUUCUGAGCAUACUCGGUCUCCCACACAAGAAAGACACCCCGGUUGAACCCACUGUGAUCAACGAUUCUGACCUCGAGGAGCUGCCCGCCGCGGAGAUGCAGGCCAUCGACCUGGGCCUGCGACUCGGAUCGUUCCUCUCAGAGGCUGGAUGGAUGCAGGAGAGCAUAACCGUGCUGGCAUGCCUUAAUGGAAGACUGAAGGACCUGCCGACCCACAAACACUGGUUGGAGUUGCGACUCGACUGCCUGCAGCGCCUUCUAUACGCAGAAGCGGCCCAUUGCAACUUCAAGCUGGCGCACCGCACCUACGAGGAAUUGAUCGGUCUGAACAAAUGGCUCAAUAGUCGCGUGCCAACCCAGCUGGUGGCCAUAGCCUACACUCAGAUUUCGGCCAUGUACUUUGCCCGCAAUGAGUACAACUGCAGUCAUAUGUGGAGCGGUCUCGCCAUGCGAUUUCUAAGGGGAUCUGCGAAUCCACGCAUCACCAUCGAUGUUCUGCGCCAGGCGGCCAAGGCCUGUGUCGUUAAGCGGGACUUUGCCCGGGCCAAUCUGCUCAUCUGCCAGGCGGUGCGACGCGCACGCGAACACUUUGGCCCAAAGCACCAGAAGUACGGCGAUGCUCUGCUGGACUAUGGAUUUUUCCUACUCAACGUGGACUCUGUGUUCCAGUCUGUAAAUGUGUAUAAAGAGGCACUGGCCGUGCGCCGCGGUAUUUUUGGCAAUAUGAACUUUCACGUGGCAAUUGCCCACGAGGAUUUGUCUUAUGCCUAUUACGUUCACGAGUACAGCACCGGUGACUUUAGCUGUGCCCAGGAUCACGUAGACAAGGCUGUGAAUAUCAUGAAGCGUCUAGUGCCCAGCAAUCAUCUGAUGUUGGCCUCGGCAAAGCGUGUGAAGGCACUCCUGCUGGAGGAGAUUGCGCUAGACAAGAUGGCUGAUGGCAUGGACGAGGAGGAUCUGCUGCUCCAGUCCGAGGAGCUGCAUAACUUCGCCCUGCUCCUCUCGCUCCAAGUGUUUGGUGAGGUGAAUGUGCAGACGGCGAAGCACUAUGGAAAUCUGGGGCGUUUAUACCAAACGAUGAAUCGCUUCGAAGAGGCGGAACGAAUGCACCAAAAGGCGAUCAAAAUCAAGACAGAUCUGCUGGGUGCCUUUGACUACGAGGUGGGCCUGUCCAUUGGACAUUUGGCCUCGCUAUACAACUACCAGAUGAAGAAAUACCGUGAUGCCGAACAGCUUUAUCUGCGCAGCAUUGAUAUAAGCUUGCGUCUGUUUGGGCACUCGUACUCUGGCCUGGAGUACGAUUACCUGGGUCUGUGCCACGUCUACGAAGCAUUGCACGACUUUGAGAAGUAUUUGAAAUAUGCGCACAAGCUGGAGAACUGGCAGAUGCUGCGUGGCCAAAACCUCACUCAAAAUAAGUCCAGCUAUCCCGCCAUCGAGGUGGACUAUUCUAUCGAGGAGGUCAAGAGCAAGUUCUUCAGCAUGUGCGUCUGCAAAAACACCCCAAACCGCUCGGAGCUAGUAGAGUCAACGACGACCUCGAACUGAGCAGGGGCUUUGGGAGUGGGAGCGGAAUUGAAUAUGGUAGCGGACGACGAUGAGGAAGUUACAGUUGCACCCGCACUAGCAAUCGCAAUCGCACCCACACCCCCGGCAUCGGAUGGCACAAACUGGAGGGCAAACUGCAGCAGGAGCAGCGGCAAUGGUGACAGCGGCGGCAACAUCUGUAGUUUGUCUUAGAUAAGAGAUUCGCAUAAGUUAGCCCACGUUGAUUAGACAGAAAAUAAGGUGGCAUCAAGGAUCGACCCGUGUGUUCUAUAAGAAUGUCUAAGCAUAGUUAAAUAGCCUAGCUUGGUCGGCCUCUAAUAUUCAACCACGCUUUGUUAAAGGUUUUGUUUGCCAUUUCCAUCGAAUAAGCCCCGUAGUUAUACCCGCACUACUCGUAUUAUUAUGUCAAACCGAGAGUGGGUCAGUUCAGCAAAUGUUUCACUGUGUUCCAGUCAUCAUCGAAUACGUCCAGUACCCCUAGUUCCCAAAGUUUUCAAGGAUGCCCAGUCCUGUUUUUUCAGUCAGAUAGACCUAGGCUAAGAUGUAGUAGUAUUGUUGGAGCUUCGGUUACCCGGCUAAUCGGGAGAUCGUUGAGCAAAUAGUUUUUUAAUGUAUUCCCCGCGUUUUGUUCCAUGUACAAAUGUUCAAGUUUUUGUGGAUUUUCGCAACUAAUAAUUCUACUUUUGUAUUCGUUUUUUUUUGGAAACCAGAAGAAAGGGCCAGUCGCCAGAGGAUUAACUUUGCUUUUGUUUUGCUUUCUUGGGAGUAGCAAGUAUAUUCAAUUUGUAAUUUUCCCCUAUAUAAGAUUUAAAGUUGUGUAGAGCGUAAGUUGUGUAAGCCCAUUGUAUAGUCUAGGCCAACUCCAAACGAUAUAAUAUAUGUACAUUUCAUUGCGUUUACUUCAGAAAAAGUGCAUCAAAAGUAUUGUCGCAGCACAUAACAUUCAGUAAAGCAACUGGAGUGCAUUGGCGACCGGCAAGCGUUGUAAAUAACUCGGGUUGAAUAUUACAGCUUCCAGUUAAAAAACAUAAAUGGUUUAUAAUAAUACACACACAUACAUAACAUAUAUAAAUAAAUUAAUGCCUACAAAUAAAGACAGUUUAUACCAUUUACAUUUGCUACCUAGAGCGAUACUUAUAAUACACAAUUGUAGUUGCAAAACUCUUUUUGGCAUUACCUAGCGAUUUAGUUUAAGACCGACGUCGUAAAUCUCAAAAUAAAAUAUCUGCAAAAAUGAA